UUGUGACAGCUGAGGAGCUGAGGCCACACCAAAGUGUCACAUCCUCUGCCACUUCUCUUUUAGAGUAACAGUGUUAAUACAGUCAGUUCAGUUUUGCAGUGGGAGAGGCACUCCUCCCUCCUACUGAAAUAUUACAUCAAACCAUACCAAGAUGGCCUCCUUGUCAGUAGAUCCAGUGACGGAGCCACGGAUGUACCAGCAAACGCUUCUACAAGAUGGGCUCAGUGAUCUCCUGGAUGCUAACAAGUUUGUGGACUGCGUUCUGAAGAUCAAAGACAAAGAGUUUCCUUGUCAUCGGCUAGUGCUAGCCGCUAGCAGCCCUUACUUCAAAGCCAUGUUCCUUUCAGACCUGGAAGAGAGCAAAAAGUGGGAGAUUGUCCUAAAAGACAUUGAACCUGGAGUCAUGGGAAUGAUCCUAAGGUACAUAUACACCUCGGAUAUCAACCUGACUGAGCAAAACGUCCAAGACAUUUUCAUGGCGGCGAACAUGUACCAGAUUCCAUCAAUCUUCAGCGUCUGUGUCUCGUAUCUACAGCAGAAGCUGGUUCUUAGUAACUGUCUGGCCAUUUUUAGACUGGGUCUGUUGCUGGACUGUCCACGUUUGGCUAUGGAGGCUCGGGACUUCAUCUGUGACCGCUAUGCCCUCAUCAUUCGGGACCAGGACUUCCAUCAGUUGGGUCCCAGUGAGUUGGCGGCUAUCAUCACAUGUGACUCUCUGAAUGUGGAACGAGAAGAGUUGGUGUUUGAAUCUCUCAUGGACUGGGUGGAGUACGACACGGGCGAGAGGUUGAAAGACCUGCCACAACUUCUACACUGCGUACGUUUCCGACUUAUACCAACAAGUUACUUUAAAGAGAAAGUCGAGGGCCACAGAUUGAUCAGGACGAAUCAGGAGCUCAAGAAGGAGCUUCAGAUCGUCAAGGAUGCACAGAAAGGAGUGCUACACAGGGUCAAAAGGGUCAAGGAGGAAGGCGGGACAGCAGAUUCUGAGGACGAGGAUGAGGAGGGUUUGCUCCCGGGAAUCCUAAAUGACAAUCCACGUUUUGGAAUGUUUCAGUCAGACCUUUUAUUGAUGAUUAGCGAUACAGGAACAGUAGCGUAUGACGUUGGUGCAAAUGAGUGCUACGUGGCAUCUUCAUCCACCGAGAUCCCUAAGAACCACUGCAGUCUUGUCACAAAGGAAAAUCAGAUCUUUGUUGCUGGAGGUCUGAUGUACAAUGAAGAGAACAAAGAAAAGCCAUUCAGUUCCUACUUUCUUCAGUUUGAUCCCAUGAGCUCUGGAUGGUUGGGGAUGCCCUCACUACCAGACCCUCGGUGUCUGUUCGGUCUGGCGGAGGCUGAGAACUCUAUCUAUGUGGUGGGAGGAAAAGAACUGAAGGAGGGAGAACGUGCGCUAGAUUCUGUUAUGAUCUACGACAGGCAGUCAUUCAAAUGGGGAGAGUCUGACCCUCUUCCAUACGCAGUUUAUGGACACGGAAUUGUUUCGCACAAAGGACUGGUCUAUGUGAUCGGUGGAAAAACUGAGAGCAAGAAAUGCCUGAGGAGAGUAUGUGUCUAUGAUCCCUCUAAGUUUGAAUGGAAGGAUCUGGCACCCAUGAAAACUGCCCGCUCGCUGUUUGGCACUGCUGUUCACCAAAACAAAAUCUAUGUGGUGACUGGAGUCACUGAUAAUGGCCUGACUAGCAGUGUGGAGGUCUAUGACAUCGCCAGCAACUCCUGGUCAGAGUUUGUGGAGUUUCCUCAGGAGAGAAGCUCUCUUAACCUGAUCCAACUGGGCGGCUGCUUAUAUGCUGUGGGGGGUUUUGCUAUGAUGCCCAAUGAGACCACAGAAAAACUGGAACCCACUGAAAUGAAUGAUAUAUGGAAGUUUGAGGAGGAGGAGAACUGCUGGAAUGGGAUUCUGAGGGAGAUUCGUUAUGCUGCAGGGGCCACUGUGGUUGGAGUAACUCUGAACACCUUGAGAUUCACCAAGAUCUGAUCUACAGCUCUCAUCUAUUGACAAAAUAUCACCCACAUCUUCAUAAAGAGCAAUACAUAUUCCAUUGAAUAAUUUGUCACAGACUUUGCUUAAUAUUGAUUUAGUUCGCUUGUGAUAGAUCUUGAAGCUGCAGUCGGUAACUUUUGACGCUCUAGCGGUUAAUAAACAGAACUGCUUGCGUCCUGCGGAAGAACGUCGUAGCCGGAACUACUUCUCUCUGUUUAUGUCUAUGAAGAAUCACAAAGGUACUGGGUUACUCCGCCGCAGUACCCCUGAAGCAAUCUAAAAUAGUCCGAAUAUAAACACUUAUUAUAGGUGCACCCUAGUGAUUCAGGACAAGCUAAAAACACAGUUUGGAAAAUAGAUUCAUGGUGUACUCGCUUAUUAUAUAAAUUUUGUAAAUUUUGAACACAAAAAAAAGUUACAGACCGCAGCUCUGAUUGGUUGUUUCUUACCGGGAGCGGUAUAAUAAGUGUUUAUAUUCAGACUAUUUUAGAUUGCUUCAGGGGUACCGCGGCGGAGUAACCCAGUACUUUUGUGAUUCUUCAUAGACAUAAACAGAGAGAAGUAGAUCCGGCUACAAUGUCCUUCCGCAAGACACAAGCAGUUCUGUUUAUUAACCGCUAGAGUGUCAAAAGUUCCCUACCGCAGCUUUAAGGUAUGUAAUAGAGCAGUGUUUGAUGCUGCUGUUCCGAGAAAACUCAGCAGAUGGAGAUAAACACAAGACCAUCUAUUUUUUUUCAUGAGAAUGCUUUGUUAUUUAGAUGUUAAAUAAUUUGACUUUUUUAAAUAACCAUGUACACUGAUUUCUAUCAUUCUAUUAUGUUAUUUUAGAUGACAACUACAACUGAACAUUUUGCAGUUAUGACCAAGUACAAUGUUCUUACAUUCAAAAAACAGAAAUAAAUGGCAGUGACUGAACAAUAAUUGAAUAUACUGUAGACAAUGACCAAACUAAAAAAACGCGAACAACUCAACACGAUCAUUUGUGAUAAAUGUCAACACAAAUAUUGUCAUACACCUUCCAAAGUCACAUGAGAAUAAAAAAGUAAUGGGUGAAAGAAUACAA